AUUACUUGACCAACUUCACACUGUUCGCGCAUUCGCGGCAUUCUACAUGAUUCUACAUUCUACUGUUGGCCGGUGAUGCGUACGGAUCUUACACGGUGUAUGUGAGUGCGCGCCUGUGUUACGGCGUAACUAUUUAGUUGCGACAGUCUCGCGAGUGAUCUACGAUUAAUAGAGUAUUGUUUCAAUACAUACAAAAUGCAGCAAAAUAGUUAUGACAUAAAAUCUAGUGGCGAUGUCACUGUCACAACAGUGCCUCAUCAACGUAUGCAUGAAUCAGAGGACAGAAAGGCCACUGAAAAUACUUCUUUGUCUCCAAACAACAAUCAAACCUACUUUGCUGAUGAGAGGGUGCAAGUGCCAGAAACAGCAGGUGGAGGAUUUAGUUUUAGAAAAUUAUGGGCUUUUACGGGACCCGGUUUAAUGUCUAUAGCUUAUCUGGAUCCUGGUAAUAUAGAAUCAGAUUUACAAUCUGGAGUGGUAGCGAGAUAUAAGUUAUUAUGGGUGUUACUAAGCGCUACUAUCUUAGGUCUUGUUAUGCAAAGACUUAGUGCACGUCUUGGUGUAGUAACUGGUCUACAUCUAGCAGAGAUGUGUUACAGACAAUACAAAAAAGUACCUAGAUUAAUUUUAUGGAUAAUGAUUGAAAUAGCUAUUAUUGGUAGCGAUAUGCAAGAGGUGAUAGGAACGGCUAUUGCCCUUUAUCUCUUAUCUAAUAAAAUGAUUCCUAUAUGGGGUGGUGUACUUAUUACAGUAGUUGAUACAUUUACAUUUUUAUUCUUGGACAAAUAUGGCUUGCGGAAAUUAGAACUUUUUUUUGGUUUACUCAUUACCAUCAUGGGUGUUACCUUUGGUUACGAGUACAUCGUUUCCGAGCCUUCUCAAAUAGAUGUUAUAACUGGUAUGUUCGUUCCAUGGUACAAUGGGAUGAAUUACGAUAACAAAGUGCUACUUCAAGCUGUAGGAAUCGUCGGUGCAGUUAUUAUGCCGCAUAAUUUGUACCUUCACAGUGCCUUGGUCAAAUCAAGAGAUAUCGAUCGAAGACAACCCGCAAAGAUUAGAGAUGCCAAUAUGUAUUACUUCAUCGAAGCCUGUGUGGCAUUGUUUGUUUCAUUUAUAAUUAAUGUGUUUGUAGUGGCUGUAUUUGCUCAUGGUCUCUUUGACAAAACAAACAACGAUGUUUACGAAAUUUGCGAGGCGAACAAUUAUACCAUCGGUAUGGAAACUUUUUCUAAAAACAAUGAAACGAUAGAUGCUGAUCUUUACAAAGGAGGAGUCUUCCUCGGUUGUUCCUUUGGCGCGGUUGCAAUGUACAUAUGGGCCGUUGGUAUUUUGGCUGCUGGUCAAUCUUCAACAAUGACGGGCACUUAUGCCGGGCAGUUUGCGAUGGAAGGGUUCCUAAAUCUGCAGUGGGCUCGUUGGAAACGAGUCCUCUUCACUCGAAUGAUUGCUAUAGUUCCUACGUUCUUAGUAGCGUUCUUCGCCGAUAUGGAUAAUUUGAGCGGCAUGAACGAUAUCUUGAACGCUAUAAUGAGCUUGCAAUUACCAUUUGCUACCUUACCUACGGUAGCCUUCACAAGUAGUGUUCAAAUCAUGGGUGAAUUCCGAAAUGGAAUAGUCAACAAGAUUGUAUCGACCGCAUUGUCGGUUGUAGUAAUAGCAAUAAAUAUAUAUUUCGUAAUACAAACUGUUCAAGAAGACCUGCCCCAUAAUUGGGCUAUAUUGCUAGGCAUGUCUGUAUAUGCUAUUUUAUAUCUUAUGUUCUGUGCCUAUUUGGCUAUUCAUAUGGCUGUGAGCAUGGGAGCAACUUCCCUCGGUAACCAUUGGUUUGUUACUAAAUAUAUUGGUACACCCGUGAGUCCUACACUCGGUCUAUCGAAUCCUGCUGUUUAUGCCAGAACAAAUCCUGCAUUCAGCAUUCAAGAAGGUUUGGGUGACAGUUUUACAUCAAUACCAGAACAGUAAUUUCAUCAUUAUCAUUAACGACGACCAUAUGUGCAAUAAAAUCACGUAUAAGCAAUAAACGUCAAAAAUAAUGUUAUUAAUUAUAAUGGAUAUAGAGAAU